UUUGCAACAAGUCCACUCUCUUUACUGGACCUGCUCUCGUCAAUCCUUUUUCGUAAGGGUUAUCAAAAAAUCUCUCCAAAAAACCUCACAUCUACCGUCGUCGACAAGACAUCCCCCAAUCAGCAGCAGCCUUUUUGUGCUCACUCGCUUUCUCUCUCUCAUAGACAAGAUGAUGGUCCCUACUCUUAUCGUCAGCGUUCUGGCUGGUCUCGCUACUGCCAUCCCCGCUCACCCCGAGCGCCGUCAGGCUUCCGGUGGUGUCACCAUCGUGAACAACAUUGGAUCCCCCGUCUACGCGUGGUCUGUUUCUGAUAGAGUCAGUGACAUGGAGACCCUUUCUGCGGGCGGUGGAUCCUACACCGAGAGCUGGCAAACCAAUGAAAAUGGCGGUGGCAUCUCCAUCAAGCUCUCCACUAGCCAGUCUCAGGCCGACGUUCUCCAGUUCGAGUACACCCAGUCCGGCGACACCAUCUUCUGGGACAUGUCCUCCAUCAACCUGAGCCCCGACUCUGACUUUGUCAAGUACGGCUUCACCGUCGUCCCCUCGUCCGGUAGUUCCAACUGCCCCACCGUGACCUGCGCUGCUGGCAACGCCAACUGCCAGGAGGCCUACCAACAGCCCGAUGACAACCAAGCUACUCACGGUUGCCCCAUUGACACCACCUUCACCCUUACCCUUGGCUCCGGCUCUGCGUAAAUGGUGAUCUGACAAUGUGUCAUUGAGCUCAGGCUUUGCUCCCUAGCCUUGCCUGCUAGGGUGCUACCAGCAGUGGAGGACUUUGCUAUUCUCUCUUUCUCUUUUUUUUCCCUUCUUUCUUCGUUUCUUCUUCCUCCACUCUUUUGGCUUCUUUGCCUCUCUGCUUCCAGCAAAGAGACUUUUUCUUCUUUUCACUU